UUUUUAUUGCUUAACUCUGUCAAUAGUCCUAUUUUCUAUUGCCUUUUGUUCCAUUGGCUUCAUAGAAUUCGUGACCCUUUACAUUCGAGAUUAUUUCUAAUGGUAACUGGAUCGCGUUCUCUCCUCUUGCUUUUCCUUGGAAGAAAGCAUAUGCACUCUUCGAAAACUCCAUUGAGGUACAGAGGGAAGGAGAGGGAUCUGUAAUUUAUCGGAAAUGGCGGAUGAUGAACCUGCGCUCACUCGCUGGACUUUUCGGGAUUUUGAAAUCUUUUAUGAUGACAAGUUUGGGAGGAAGAGAAUACCUGAGCAGAAGAGUCUGUUUCCUGCUUUUGAUUCUGCAGAAACACUAACUUUAGCUGAGAGUUUGAGUAGGGACAUUAUUCAAGGUAGUCCAGAUGUUAAGUGGGAAAGCAUCAAGGGGUUGGAAAAUGCCAAACGUCUUCUUAAAGAAGCAGUUGUCAUGCCAAUAAAAUACCCCAAGUACUUUACUGGUCUUCUAUCGCCAUGGAAAGGCAUUCUCCUUUUUGGCCCUCCUGGGACUGGAAAGACAAUGCUAGCAAAGGCAGUUGCAACAGAGUGCAAGACAACGUUUUUCAACAUUUCAGCAUCCUCUGUGGUCAGCAAAUGGCGUGGUGAUUCAGAGAAGUUAAUCAAGGUACUAUUUGACCUAGCUAGGCACCAUGCUCCAUCAACUAUCUUUCUUGAUGAAAUUGAUGCAAUUAUAAGUCAGCGUGGUGAAGGACACAGUGAGCAUGAGGCUAGCAGGCGUUUGAAAACUGAGCUACUCAUUCAGAUGGAUGGUUUGACAAGGACAAAUGAGCUUGUCUUUGUUUUGGCUGCAACAAAUAUCCCUUGGGAAUUGGAUGCAGCCAUGCUCCGGCGUUUAGAGAAGCGAAUUCUUGUACCUCUCCCUGAACCAGAAGCCUGAAGAGCCAUGUUUGAAGAACUUUUGCUGGCACAGGCUAGAGAAGAGGUUCUUCCAUAUGAUUUAUUAGUAGCUAAGACAGAAGGUUACUCUGGUUCAGAUAUUCGAUUACUCUGUAAAGAAGCAGCAAUGCAGCCUUUAAGACGCCUAAUGACAGUUCUUGAAGACAGGCAGGAGGUUUUGCCUGAGGAUGAUUUGCCGAAUGUUGGACUAAUUAUGCCUCAAGAUAUAGAGACAGCUUUGAAGAACACUAGACCAUCUGCUCAUUUACAUGCACAUCGUUAUGAGAAGUUCAAUGAAGACCAAGGUAGUCAAAUACUCCAAUGAAGGCACUCAGCUUCAGUUAUCCUUCUAAGUUGCAACAUAUUCUUUUUUCAGAUUGACCAGUCAUCCGAUGAUGAUCUUUUUAAUCUAUUAGGAGCCUAUUAAUGGAAACAUUUUAAAUAAA